UAAGGUUUGCCAAAUUAAACAGCCAAAAACACACCAAUAAGAAAUAUUCUCCACUCUCUCUUUCUUUAACUGUUAAAAAAACAGCAAAAAUGGCAGCUUCUGCUCAGCGAUCAACCGGACCAGUACUCAGUUCACUUUCACCAGCCGGAAGAUUCUACUCAACGACGUCUAGAAAAACGUCGUCGUUUGGGACUUCAGUUUCUGCAUCAUCAUCAAUCCGGUUCCCUCUAGACCGGACUGAAACAACUUCACAAAACCGGUCUUUUUCUGUUACGAACAGACAAAAAACUGAGAAAAAGACGACGUGUAUGUGUUCACCUACGAAUCAUCCAGGUUCGUUUAGGUGUAGUAUGCAUAAGAAAAUGGAUCAUGUUCGAACAAGGAGUAGUAGUAGUACUACUAGUCAUCAAACGGCUUCGAAUUCGAUUCGAUUGCAUAUGAGGAGAUCAGCGAUGACAAAUUCGUUAGUGAGAAUUGGAACUGUUGAAGGUGAGCUUGUGAAGAGAGCUUUGGCGGCUUUGAUUAGACCGUCGUCUCAUCAACAACGCCGCCGUGCUGAUUUCCAGCCCCGGCCUAGUCGGCUUUCCGUUAUCUCCUAAGAUGCAAGGGCGGCUCAAGGGUGAGGCCAGUAAACAACAAUUAUGGAGGAACAAAAAAAGACAACACUAAUUUUUUUGUGUAUGUGUAUAUAUUUAAGGCCUCAGAGUAAAAUGCUGCGAUAGUGGCAAUUUUAGUGACAAUUUUAUUGAGACGCCCUUGGUAAGAUGUGUAUGUGCUCGACGUUGGUGAGGCAGGCAGAUUUGAGUCCACACACGGUGGUGGUGAGGUGACUCGGUGUGGAGGUCGGAACGGAACGGGUGUUUUUGUGUACUCCCGUGACUAAAACCUUAAGAUCCAAAUGUAUAUAGUUUCUCAAUACAUGAAGUUAUAAAAUCAUCCAAUUUUCCCCA